AUGCAUUCAGAAUAUUCUUAUGACCUGAUAGUUGUCGGUGGCGGUUCAGGAGGAUUAGCGUGCUCCAAGGAAGCUGCUGAACAAGGACUUACAGUAGCCCUUCUGGAUUUUGUUAAACCAACUCCCUUAGGCUGCUCUUGGGGUCUCGGAGGAACAUGUGUUAACGUUGGAUGUAUACCGAAAAAAUUAAUGCACCAGGCGUCUUUGUUAGGAGAGUCAAUUCAUGAUGCAAGCCACUAUGGCUGGGAAAUAAAUGAAAACUGUUCUCACAGUUGGGAAAAAAUGAAAGAUAAUGUUCAAAAUCACAUUGGCUCAAUAAAUUUCGGGUACAGAGUUCAAUUAAGAGAUCGAAAAGUAAAAUAUUUGAAUGCUUACGGCACUUUAGUUGAUCCUCACACCAUAAAGGCUGUUGAUAGACGUGGUAAAGAAACUUUAUUAACUGCUAAAAACUUCGUAAUAUCUAGCGGUUGCCGCCCACGUUACCCAGAUAUUCCUGGAGCGAAGGAACAUUGUGUAACCAGCGAUGAUCUUUUCUCUUUGGAGAAGUGUCCUGGCAAAACUCUUGUGAUCGGGGCAUCAUAUGUUGCUCUGGAAUGUGCCGGUUUUCUGGCUGGGUUAGGAUUAGAUGUAACUGUCAUGGUUAGAUCUAUUUUAUUACGUGGUUUUGACCAGGAUAUGGCAGAAAGAGUUGGAAAGUACAUGAAAGACAUCGGAAUCAAAUUUAUUCGACCAGCAGUACCACUUAGUGUUGAGGCUAUUACGAUGAACGAUGGAAAAAAGGUAUUAAAUGUAAAUUACACCAUGCUAGAUAAUGGAAACAAGGCUCAAGAUAAGUUUGACACGGUUCUGCUAGCAAUAGGACGUGAUCCAUGCACCGUAAAUAUAGGAUUAGAUAAUGCUGGUGUAGUGGUUGAAAAGAAUGGCUAUAUCAAAACAGUCAAUGAACAGACGAAUGUGCCCAGCAUUUAUGGUAUUGGAGAUAUUCUAUACGAUAAGCCGGAAUUGACCCCGGUAGCAAUCCAUGCCGGUCGCCUGUUAGCUAAACGACUGAGUGGUGUAUCGACUCAACAAUGUGACUACGAUAGUAUUCCAACCACAAUUUUUACGCCUCUUGAGUAUUCAUGUUGUGGUUUAUCUGAAGAAGUAGCUAUUGAAAAACUAGGAGAUGACGUGGAGGUAUAUCAUGCGCAAUUUAUGCCCUUAGAAUGGACUAUUCCACAUCGCGAUGAAAAUAGCUGCUACCUAAAGUUGAUCUGCAACAAAAGAGAUCAGGAGCGGGUUAUAGGAAUACAUAUUUUAGGCCCUAACUCUGGAGAAGUCAUGCAAGGAUUUGCUACAGCUAUGAAAUGUGGGGCUACGAAGGCUCAUUUUGAUGAUACAGUAGGAAUCCAUCCAACAAACGCAGAGUGGUUUACGACUCUAAGGAUCACACGUCGUUCAGGUCAAGACGUUAAAGUAACUGGCUGCUGA